AUAUUUUGUAAAAAUGUCUGAACCAAUUCGUGUUGUCGUGACUGGAGCUGCUGGUCAAAUUGCUUACUCGUUGCUAUACAUGAUAGCUCGGGGAGAAGUUUUUGGAAAUAAGCAACCUCUCAUCUUGCAUUUGCUGGAUAUUCCGCCGAUGGUUGGUGUUCUUGAGGGUGUCGUCAUGGAACUAGCGGAUUGUGCGUUGCCAUUGUUACGUGAAGUUAUACCAACAACAGAUCCAGCGGUUGGGUUCAAGGAUGUUUCGGCCGCCUUUCUAGUGGGCGCCAUGCCACGCAAAGAAGGAAUGGAAAGAAAAGAUCUGCUAUCGGCAAAUGUAAAAAUUUUUAAAGCACAAGGACAAGCAAUUGAAAACUUUGCAAAGAAAGAUGUCAAAGUUCUUGUGGUUGGAAACCCUGCCAACACUAAUGCUUUUGUUUGUGCUAAUUAUGCACCAUCCAUUCCACGUGAAAAUUUCACUGCGAUGACUCGAUUGGAUCAAAAUCGCGCCACCUCCCAAAUAGCCACAAAAUUGGGUGUUCCAAUAUCUGAUGUUAAGAACAUAAUUAUCUGGGGCAACCAUUCAUCCACUCAGUACCCUGAUGCUGGACAAGGGAAAGUGGUUAUCAAUGGUCAAACAAAAUCUGUGGCUGAUGCCGUCAAUGAUACUUCCUUUUUACAAGGUGCCUUUGUUGAAACUGUUCAAAAGCGUGGUGCUGCUGUAAUUGCAGCUCGCAAAAUGUCAUCUGCUAUGUCAGCAGCUAAAGCCGCUUGCGAUCAUAUGCAUGACUGGUGGAAUGGUACCGCCCCGGGAACCUUUGUAUCAAUGGGCGUAUGCUCAGAUGGCAGCUAUAACUCUCCAAAAGGCGUUAUUUUCUCUUUCCCAGUUGUUAUUGUAAAUAAGAAAUGGGAAAUCGUUCAGGGUUUGGACCUAAGUGACUUUGCCAAAUCAAAGUUAACUCUUACUGGAAAGGAGUUGCAAGAAGAAAAGGACGAAGCAUUGUCUGUGUUGGACGUAGGUUCAUCUAAUUUGUAAAAUGGCCUUGCAUGUUUAAAUUUAAAUAAUAUUUGAGCAUUUAGGGAACAAAGUUCCAUGCAUUAAUGUUUGUAUAUAAAGUAUAUUAUGGAAAGUUAAUCCUGAUGUAUGUAAAUAAAUCAUAAAAAUCAA